GUGUUUAUAUGUGUGGAUGUGGUACACAGAAAACACGUGUUUAUAUGUGUGGAGACGGUACACCGAAAACAUGUGUUUAUAUGUGUGGACACGGUACACAGAAAACACGUGUUUAUAUGUGUGGACACGGUACACAGAAAACACGUGCUUAUAUGUGUGGACACAGUACAUAGAAAACAGGUGUUUAUAUGUGUGGACACGGUACACAGAAAACAGGUGUUUAUAUGUAUGGACACGGUACACAGUAAACAGGUGUUUAUAUGUGUGGGCAUGGUACACAGAAAACACGUGUUUAUAUGUGUGGACACGGUUCACAGUAAACAUGUGUUUAUAUGUGUGGACACGGUACACAGAAAACACGUGUUUAUAUGUAUGGACACGGUACACAGUAAACAGGUGUUUAUAUGUGUGGACACGGUACACAGUAAACACGUGUUUAUAUGUGUGGACACGGUACACAGUAAACACGUGUUUAUAUGUGUGGACACAGUACACAGAAAACAGGUGUUUAUAUGUGUGGGCGUGGAACACAGAAAACACGUGUUUAUAUGUGUGGACAUGGUUCACAGUAAACAAGUGUUUAUAUGUGUGGACACGGUACACCGAAAAACAGGUGUUUAUAUGUGUGGACACAGUACACAGAAAACAGGUGUUUAUAUGUGUGGACACGGUACACAGUAAACACGUGUUUAUAUGUGUGGACACGGUACACAGAAAACAGGUGUUUAUAUGUAUGGACACGGUACACAGUAAACAGGUGUUUAUAUGUGUGGGCAUGGUACACAGAAAACACGUGUUUAUAUGUGUGGACACGGUUCACAGUAAACAUGUGUUUAUAUGUGUGGACACGGUACACAGAAAACACGUGUUUAUAUGUAUGGACACGGUACACAGUAAACAGGUGUUUAUAUGUGUGGACACGGUACACAGUAAACACGUGUUUAUAUGUGUGGACACGGUACACAGUAAACACGUGUUUAUAUGUGUGGACACAGUACACAGAAAACAGGUGUUUAUAUGUGUGGACACGGUACACAGUAAACACGUGUUUAUAUGUGUGGACACAGUACACAGAAAACAGGUGUUUAUAUGUGUGGACACGGUACACAGAAAACAGGUGUUUAUAUGUGUGGGCGUGGUACACAGAAAACACGUGUUUAUAUGUGUGGACACGGUUCACAGAAAACAUGUGUUUAUAUGUGUGGACACAGUAUAUAGAAAACACGUUUAUAUAUGUGGACACGGUACACAGUAAACACGUGUUUAUAUGUGUGGACACAGUAAACAGGUGUUUAUAUGUAUGGACAUGGUACACAGUAAACAGGUGUUUAUAUGUGUGGACACGGUACACAGUAAACAGGUGUUUAUAUGUGUGGACACGGUACACAGUAAACACGUGUUUAUAUGUGUGGACACGGUACACAGAAAACACGUGUUUAUAUGUAUGGACACGGUACACAGAAAACACGUGUUUAUAUGUGUGGGCGUGGUACACAGAAAACACGUGUUUAUAUGUGUGGACACGGUUCACAGUAAACAUGUGUUUAUAUGUGUGGACACGGUACACAGAAAACACGUGUUUAUAUGUGUGGACACGGUUCACAGAAAACAGGUGUUUAUAUGUAUGGAUAGGUUAAACAGAAGUUUGUAUAUGUUAUAUAAUGUGUGGAAGUUCACUAGAAAUAUUGGCCUCCAUAUUAUCAUUCAAUUAUACAAUGUGAUGUAAUGCAUGAAAUGAUACUGGUACUUAGCUUUGAUACAGAUAGGUAUCACAUGUCGCCAUUAAACAAUGCUGGCUUACAAGUUACUUAUGUUUAUCUGUUAGAUUACUGGGGGAAAUGUGUUUUUAGCUCAAAUUGCCCUACGCCUGUGGUUCAUGGUCUGGCCGUAAACAAUCCUUGUGUAUAUCGUUAUUUCUUGAGAGAAAUACUGAAGGAUGUUUCUCCAACUCCACAGUAAGGUUCAUCUUGUCCCUAAGUUGUGACCAUUUAAUUUUGAGUGUGUUUGGGAACACAAAAUGGCUGACAUGCGGCAAUCUUGGAUUUUGACAGUUUAAGUUUGUUAUUGCUAUUUCAUAAGAAGUACAUGUACUGGAAGGAUAUUUCUUAAAAUUGAUAUGUAAUUUCCUCUUGGUCUCUAGAUGUGUAUACAAUUUUUAAGACUGAUUGGAAAACUUUGAAUCUCGACUUUUGAAGUUAGAUAGCUCUACAGUAUUUCUUUAUAGAUCUUUCUUCAAUUCCAUACCCUAAGUAGGCUUGCCUUGGUCUCUAGAUGUUCAUGUUUAAUUUUGAGAGUGAUCCGAAAACAAGAUGGUCUACAGGUGACCAUUUUGAAUAUUACAUUCUCUCUCUAUUUCUCAAAGGGUGUUACGUGAAUCCUCUUCAAAUUUCUUAAAAAGAGGAAAGAUGAGGCAGGAAGUCUUCCAUAGAUCCGAUAAAGAUUAUUCAAUGGUGGGCACAAAGAUCCCUCUGAAGUCUCUUGUUCAUUCAUAUAUGGUUCUAAAGCAGAAACUCUGUAAGUCCCUGCAGACCAGCCAAAUAGCCUAAUCCCAGUGAUGUUUAUAUUAAUUAGUCCACCACAGUGAAGAAAUAUGUGCUUCUAGGCUUGGAUAGGUGUAGGUAGUUAAAGGUUGUAGUGUUGGUGAGUUUUAGUACAGACACCGAAUUAAUACAUCGUCACAAGUGCCUUUUCAAAACACAUGCAUUAUUCAUCAGUGAUAUUCAACAACGACAAAAAUGGGCUUUUUAUGUAUAAAUCCUGAUCAAACCAUUAAUUAAUACUCGGAGCCUUAACAUUCCUAAUGAUGGCCUUGACAUUGAUAUGUGGACAUUUGAUUUUUAUUUAAAUGACUUGUGUAACCUAUAUGUGUACAUCUAUAGCAUAAUGUAUUAAUUUGUUAUCUACGUGUAGAAUGUUAAGUUUAUGAAAGUGAAGACGAUAGGUUUUGUUUAUCAACUGUUUAACUUGUAAAGAGGAAAGAAUAAACUUAAUUUAUCACAACAAAAA